UGAACAUGAAAUUGUUUUUUACUUACUGAUGACCUGUGUUGGAGCUUCUGCCAUGAGUACUAGAAUUGCUUAUUUCGAAGCUCUCCGGAACAACUGCUCCACCAUGGAAUGCAUGAGGCGUGUGAGCGUGUGUCACAAUUUCGUGUUCAAAAGCCUCGCCUUUAGCGCCAAGUACCAUCCCCUCGCCGUCAAGUGUACAACGACCUACACUGACCCAGCUCUGGUUGACUUCUGUGCCCACGUUGCUGUUGGAGAUUACAAAGCCAACGGCACAAUGCGAACAGAGGUGCUGAAGAGCCGUAUCGAGAAGUAUUUCUGUGAUGAAUACAGUCUUUUGGGAGACAUCUUGGCUCGCUUCCCAGUGUGUGAUUCCGGUCUGCAGGCUGAGUUGUACCUGGACUGUAUCUUGGAAGGCUGCGUUUCCACAUGAAAACCCAACUGCAUGAACAAGACACCGAAUUUUGUGGAGUGCGAAUUCUUGUCUUGAGACAGGAAUUGAUGACUAUUUUCAGGAGAUGAAAUGUGUGUGUGUG